UCCAAACUCAACAGACUCUGCAACCACGGCUUCGAACCUGCUAUUAUUCGCGUCAAACUAGACUCCGAUGCUUGCUAGCGACUCAGAAAGAAAAAACAGACAACGGACGUACGCCAGCCACAGAUUACUUAUAUCAUCUGUCGCGUUUUGGGACCAGUAUGAAGUUGGCAUUGCCUCAAGUUGCUUGGAAUGGACGAUCGGAAGCUAAUCCUCAAGGCCUCAAGGUUGGCAUGAUUAAAUUCUAGAAGGCUUGGUCGGCAAAUCAGAGGGGAGUGUGAAACGGAAAACGGAUGUAUUGGCCGACCAAGGAAAGUGUCGCAAGGAGCCGAAGGUCAAUUACUAUUUGCCACCACGCCUUUACGAUUUUGUUUAUAUAGACCUUACAUGAUCGAAAGGAAAUGGUUCUCUUGUUUGCUCAACUUUCCUCAGGCUCGCCAUCAUGCUAUCCGUCGUUUGGCUUCUGGCGUCUCUGAUUCUGUCCUCGUCGCUGGUCGUCGCUCAAGACGGCGCCAUAUCAGGUGCCCAGACAAGUCCCGAAGCUGCUGGAUAUAACUGCGAUGCAUCCAAUUGCAAGUUACCUACCUGCAAUUGCGCGAGUCCUAAUCCCCCCGGUGGGCUCAAACCUUCGGAAGUUCCUCAGUUCAUUGUUUUCACGGCGGACGAUGCUGUCCAAUCUUACACCCUCGACGUCGUCAACCAGCUCCUCGCCCAUAGAAAGAAUCCGAAUGGGUGUCCCCCGAAGAUGACCUACUACACCUCGCUCAGUUACACCAACUACACACUUGUCACAGAUUGGUAUGUUGCCGGAAACGAGAUCGCAGACCAUACAAUGACACACGUCGGAGAUCCCCCAGAAGAAGAGAUCAACGGUAAUCUGGUUACUCUCAACGCGUUGGCAGGCAUCCCCUUCAGUUCCAUAAAGGGGUUCCGAGCUCCUUUUCUCAACUAUACUGCCGGAAUGCUUGAGAGACUAUACAAAGCGGGGUUCGAGUACGAUUCUAGUGCCAGUGCCUCUAUUCCUGUUACCGAUCCAAACACCGACGCUUAUUGGCCUUAUACGUUGGACUAUGGUAUGGCGAACGAUUGCUUGGCUGUCACUGGAACGUGUAAAGGCCAGCUGAAACUCCCUGGAUUCUGGGAGAUCCCGAUGUAUGCCUUCUUCGAUAAGCGAGGGAAUGCCGGCUCUCAUCUGAUGGAUCCUUGGCUGGACACGGCGAAUGGAAACAGCCAGGUCAAUGAUGCUGAGACAUUGGAGUAUAUGAAAGACACCUUUACCGCACACUAUAGCGGAAAUCGUCAGCCGAUUGGGUUGUAUACCCAUCCCAUCCACCUUGCAUUGAAUUACCCCGGCGUUUCAGUUUCCAACCAGACGGGCUUGAUGAUCAAUACAUUCUUGGACUGGGCUCAGCAGCAGCAGAAUGUCUGGAUCGUUUCUUCUGCCCAGCUCCUUGCAUGGACGAAAAACCCUGUACCCGUCUCUCAGCUAGACUCUUUUGAACCUUUGAAGUGCUCAACACCGGCGAUCGAUUCAAACACCAAGAUAUGCAACGGAAUGCCGAAGAACGAGGAGGGCUUACUCUCCCAUUGUGCGUUCCCGGACUUCCCAUUCUAUACCUGCUAUGGAUGCCCGGUCACACAGCCCACCGUUCAAAAUCCUAAUCCGCCGCAACAGGUUCCUAAAGGUAGACAGGCGAGGUUUAGACUACCGGCCAACUGUUCUACACCAUUCUGGGACCCCAUCAAGGGCCAGUGUCUCUGUUCGUCGAAUCAAUGUAUGUUCUCCGACGAGUCACGGCCUAUUGGGCCCAAUGGUGCAAACCUUACUGGCGGUGGAACAAGCGGAGGUUUCAAUGGAGCACCAAAGGAUCCCACCAAGUACAUCCCAUUCAACGCAGCACAGGCACACGAAGCCGCUUUGUGGUUAGCUUUGGUGUUGUGUGCGGGUGCGUUGGUGGUGGUGCUGUAGCGAAUUAAGAGUUUAUUUGAAGGCAACCUAAUUCUUUUGACUUCUCGGACGACCGACUUUGUUCGCUUUCGUUUCCCCUAGCCCCCUUGUUAUUCCUCUUCGGUCACAACCCCAUUUUCGUUACUUGGUUCCGUCUUUCUAUUCUCCUAUGACGCCCUAUUCUCGUGUGGAU